CCUCCCCUCGGCCGAUUAUAUUGCAUUGAUCAGCUAUGGUGUAAUCAGACACAUCCAGCCGACGCGAGGAAUACAUUCAUCUGAACUACGCUGCUGCAUCUGCGAAAAUGUCUAAUCGGGAAGAGUUUCAGAAGAUGGCAGAGGAUGUGAAGAAUGUGAAGACGAAGCCUACGGACCAGGAGCUGCUGGACCUGUAUGGACUCUAUAAGCAGGCGAUGGUUGGAGAGAUUAACACCGAUAGACCAGGAAUGAUGGAUUUGAAAGGAAAAGCCAAGUGGGAUGCCUGGACCUCCAGAAAUGGAAUGUCCAAGGACGAUGCCAUGUCAGCCUACGUCACACUAGCAAAGGAAGUCAUCGCCAAAUAUGGCAUGUAAGGCUUGCAAUAAACUGAAGAGGCUAAAUUAAUGCAAACAUUAUUAAAUGUUUACUAACUCAACAACUGAAGAAAUGUUGCUGUCUUUAUAACAAGUACUUCUGCUUUCAGAGGUCAUAAUCACACAGGAUAAAGUGUAAUUAAUUUUUUAUACAUAGAUUAUAAAUUGAAUAAGUUACAUGCAUUCUAUAAGGUUAACAAUAUAAUUGUUUUUGUAAUUGCUCUUUAUCUGAUUUAUGUAGUUAAUUCUUGUAAUCCCCAUGCACACAGCAAUAUACUGUAUACACAUGCAAUAUGAUAUGUAGCUUGAUUCCUAAACAGGACAAACUGAAUUCUGUCAAACAUGAAAAUAAAACCUCUCUAUAAUGUU